GCCAUUGAGGCUUCAGCCUGCAGACAACCAUGAAGGCAACUCUUCUUAUCCUCCUGUUGUUUAGCGCCUGCAAGACGUCUGACCACCAUCAAGUCUCUGUGACCCUCACUCAUAACAGGUCUCAGUAUUUCGAGUAUGAGAAAAUGUCGGUGGGCUGUGGUAAAUGGACGGCGUGGAGAUACACAACAGACGGCCUGAAGCUGUCCCAGUGUGCACUGGGCUGGGGAGACCAGGUUUCCUCGAACUGCGACAUGAAAGCGGUCAAACUGUCCGACAGCGGGGUGUACUGGUGUGAAUCUAAACACGGAGACAGCAGCCACACUGUCAACAUCACCAUAACUGGUGGACCAGUGAUCCUUGAGAGUCCUUUCCUCCCUGUGGCCGAGGGAGAAGACGUCCCUCUGCACUGUAAAACAAAGACGUCCUCCAACCUGCCCGCUGAGUUCUAUAAAGAUGGCCACCUCAUCAGGACAGGGACGAAUGGCAGUUUGACCAUUGGCAAUUUUUCCAAGACUGAUGAAGGUGCCUACAAAUGUAAAGUAGGUGAUCGAGAGUCUCCACUCAGCUGGCUGCUGACGAAAGAUGAUUCUGCGCCUGCCUCGCUCACAGCGUCCCCCGACUCGUCUCAGCUGUUUGAGUACAAGAAACUGUCUCUGAACUGUGGGGACAACAGCAGCUCUCAUGGGUGGAAGAUCUUCAGGGCCACAAACUUCAAUGCCAAGUCUGUCGGAAAGAUGUCCAGCUGCGGUGAGGACUGGGGGGUCCCUACCUCCUUUGGCUGUGAGCUCAACGCCGCCAAGCAGGAUGACAGCGCAAUCUACUGGUGCGAGUCUCCUGGGAGGCAGCGGAGCAACUCUCUCAACAUCGGUUUUCACGAUAAACCGGUAAUCCUGCAGAGUCCCGUCCUCCCUGUGAUGGAGGGACAGGAAGUCACUCUGUACUGCAUAACAAAGCAAUCCUCCAACCUCUCCGCCGAUUUCUAUAAAGAUGGCUCGCACAUCAGGACUGAGCCUGGAGGUCGCAUGACCAUCCGCCAUGUAAAUACGACUGAUGAAGGCCUCUACAAGUGUCACAUCAGCGGGGUUGGAGACUCUUCACCCAGCUGGCUGUUUGUCAGAGCUACAUAUAGCAAUACUACCAAGCCUUCACCCCCUGCACCCUCCCAGCUAGUGCUGAGUUUGAUUCGCCAUCUGGUGGUGGCCUGUCCAUACUGCAUCGCCACCGUCCUCUACAUAUGGCUGUCUACAUGUGGACAUAGGCCCAAAGGUCACUCUGCAGGAAGGAAACCGCUCGUUUCCAUGGAGAUGUGUCCACCCAGCAAGGACGAUGAGGCACGGGGCCGAGAGGACGAUGUCGUCAUUGCUGACGUCACCACCGAGCAUCAUUUCUAAACUCUCUCUCUCUCUCUCUCUCUCUCUCUUAUGUUGUUUCUUUCUGACUUUA